AUUAUUGCAUACAUUGAUGCCAAGUGGCCACUAGUAACAAUAGCUUAUCACUUACUCGAUCACAUAGUUCCCUUAUUUAAGGAGUAACAAAGGUGUACAAGAAUUCAGAAAAGUGGGGCAACAAAACCAAAAACUAAAGAUAGAGAGAAAAAAAAUGGGAUUCAAAACUUUGUUGUUUGUGUUCAUAGUUGUUGUGUUAUCUUUCUCAGCAGCAUUUGCAGAAAAUAAUGAGGAAGAAAAAGUUGUUGGGCUUGUUAUGAAUUACUACAAGGACACUUGUCCUCAAGCUGAAGAUAUCAUCAAAGAACAAGUCAAGCUUCUUUACAAACGCCAUAAAAAUACUGCUUUCUCUUGGCUUAGGAAUAUCUUCCAUGACUGUGCUGUUGAGUCAUGUGAUGCGUCAUUGCUGCUGGAUUCAACAAGGAGGAUGAUGUCAGAGAAGGAAAUGGACAGGAGCUUUGGGUUAAGAAACUUUAGGUACCUUGACACCAUCAAGGAGGCUAUUGAAAGAGAGUGUCCUGGCGUUGUUUCUUGUGCUGAUAUUCUUGUUUUAUCCGCUAGAGACGGCAUUGUUCAGUUAGGAGGACCCCACAUUCCUCUGAAAACUGGAAGGAGGGAUGGAAGAAGGAGCAGAGCAGAGAUAUUGGAGCAAUAUCUCCCAGACCACAAUGAGAGUAUGAGUAUGGUGCUUGAUAGGUUUAAGUCUAUUGGGAUUGACUCUAAGGGAGUUGUUGCUUUGCUAGGUGCUCAUAGUGUGGGCAGAACCCAUUGUACAAAGCUGGUCCACAGGCUGUACCCAGAAGUCGACCCAAACUUGAACCCGGACCACGUACCCCACAUGCUAAAGAAAUGUUAUGACCCGAUUCCAGACCCGAAGGCGGUCCAAUACGUGAGAAAUGACCGCGGUACCCCUAUGAUUUUCGACAACAACUACUACCGGAACAUAUUGGACAGCAAGGGUUUACUCAUUGUGGACCAUCAACUAGCCACAGACAAGAGGACUAGACCAUAUGUGGUUAAAAUGGCUAAAAACCAAGACUACUUCUUCAAGGAAUUUUCAAGGGCACUAACCAUUUUGUCUGAGAAUAACCCACUUACUGGCUCCAAGGGUGAGAUUAGAAAGCAAUGUAGUGUUGUAAACAAGCUUCAUUAGAUCAUCAUCAUCAACUAUAUAUUAAUCCUUGUUAUGCAUGGAUUAAUGUUGCUAAUAUGUGAUAAUUAAGUAUUAGAAUAAAAUGGUGUUUAAUCAUUUUAGCUCUAUAUAUAGUGGUAUAGUGAUCUUAAUGAUUGCAUAUGCCAUCAUAUUGUAAGCUUAUUUGCUUUCAUAGUUUCAUGUAAUGAAUGCAAUAUGUUAAGACUGUUAGUAGCUAGGGUGGUGUUUUCUUUUUAAGAUGUGAGGGAAUAAUGAUCAAUUAAUGUAUUUCCCUUUUUUUAAUGCCCCAUAUAUUAAUAUUAUACUCCGUAUUAUUCUA